AUGCAAGUGUGUUACAAACGCCGCUCGUCCCUUUUCCCCACUACGGAGCCAUUUGAGACGAAGAUUGAUACUGGCAAGUGCCACGCCGUGCUGGAUCGGGAGACCUAA